AUGGCAUCUUUAUUUAGACCACCUGAGUCGGCAAGACUAAAUUCAAGGGCUCCAGAAUUGAAACUUCCUCCUAUAAAUAAAAUACGAAACCCAUCAAAUUUGAUAUUGGAUGAUGAAGAUGAUGUUGAAGAUUUCCAAAUUCCGAUUAAAAAACCUUCCCAGAAUACUUCCCAGAAUAUUUAUUCAUCAACAGCAAUUAAUGGUUACAAAAAAGGUAAUAAAUCUGUCAAUGCUAGUGGUAAAAGAAAUAUAACACCAAGCACAAAUUUGAAUUCUUUAGCGAUUCCAUCGAUAUCCUCCUCGUCUUCGUCUUUGCACGCAAAGACUGUGUCUCCUAAUAGUUCAAGUUCAUUAGCAUCAUCUCAUUCAGACUCUACAUUGGUUCCAAACUCAGGUUGUAAUAAUAUACGACAACAGCCAUACUCGGCUAUAUCAAGUCAAUCAUCUCCAUCGUCGUCUACCAGGAAAAAUAGACCAUUGCCUCCCCCAUUACCUGCGUCAGUGAUCGGUCAGAGUGUAAAAAAUUCACCAACGGUUUCAAUAAAGUCAAAUGUAGACUCAGACAAACACAAUAUCUAUUCUCCGUCUGAAUUCCAAUCAUCCUUAAGAAAACUUAAUAUCAAUGCAACAGAUAAAUCAAAUAAUAUUUACAGUAGAGCUGAAAAUAAUUUAUCGAUCGAUUCAUACUCUUCCAAUAUCAUAUCUACCUAUGCUGAUGACAGUGACAGUCCUGUAAAAACAGGAGACUCGACGCAACCUGCUUCACAGAUACCUAAGACGAAUGAUUAUAAUAGUUAUAACAAUUCUGUCAAUAGCCCUGAGAUUACUCAAGAUAUAGAUAAGUUGGACGCAACUCUCUCCAAAAAUUUAAACAUUAAAGACAAGAUCGUUACAUUAGGUCUACUAGGUGAAGGUGCUGGAGGAUCAGUGGUCAAAUGUAAGUUGAAAAAUGGAUCAAAGAUAUUUGCAUUGAAAACAAUCAAUACUUUGAAUAGUGAUCCAGAAUUCCAAAAGCAAAUAUUUAGAGAAUUACAAUUUAACAAAAGUUUUAAGUGCAAUUACAUUGUGCAGUACUACGGGAUGUUUGAAGAUUUGGAAAACUCUACGAUUUUGAUUGCAAUGGAGUAUAUGGGUGGUAAGUCUCUGGAUUCUAUCUAUAAACAUUUAUUAAAAUUAGGUGGUAGAAUUAGUGAAAAAGUUCUAGGUAAGAUAGCCGAAUCUGUUUUAAAAGGUUUAUCCUAUUUACAUGAAAAGAAAGUGAUCCAUAGAGAUAUUAAACCUCAGAAUAUUUUAUUAAAUGAUAAAGGUGAAAUAAAGUUAUGUGAUUUCGGUGUAAGUGGUGAGGCAGUGAAUUCACUUGCAACAACUUUUACAGGUACAUCCUACUAUAUGGCACCAGAAAGAAUAAAAGGACAACCAUAUAGUGUGACAUGUGAUGUUUGGUCAUUAGGGUUGACGUUGUUAGAAGUUGCACAAGCAAAAUUCCCCUUCGGAUCUAAUAAUGACGAGAAAAAAACCUUAAGCAAUAAUGCAAACAUUGCUCCAAUAGAACUAUUAAUGCUGAUCGUGACCUUCACACCAGUUUUGAAUGAUGAACCAGAGCUGAAUAUUAUUUGGAGUAAAUCGUUCAAAUCCUUUAUUGAAUACUGUUUGAAAAAGGAACCAAGAGAAAGACCAUCUCCGAGACAAAUGAUUAAUCAUCCAUGGGUCCAAGGACAAAUGAAGAAAAAAGUUAACAUGGAAAAAUUCAUCAAAAAAUGUUGGAAAGAUGAAGCAUAA